GACGCGUGAUGACCUCAUCUCUACGCGCCACACGAAGCAGCGCGGAGCGGUUCUCGUGCACGUUCUUUUUCUAAAUUAGCUUAGCUAGCUGCUGCACGGAUCCUCAUCAUGUCUGUGACCGAGAUGUUCAGCUACAUUCAGGGCUUCCUGAGCGCCGACCAGGACGUCCGAGAGGAUAUCCGUAAAGUGGUCCAGACGUUGGAGCAGACGGCCAGAGAGAUCCUGACCGUCCUCCAAAGUGUCCACCAGCCGUCAGGGUUCAAAGAGAUUCCCAGUAAAUGUGCCAAAGCUCGGGAGUUGUUCUGCACGGUCCGCUCGCAGCUCGGCGACCUGAAAACAAAGUUCCCUGUGGAGCAGUACUACAGGUUCCAUGAACAUUGGCGCUUCGUCCUGCAGCGCCUGGCCUUCCUCUCCGCCUUCGUGGUUUAUCUGGAGACAGAAACCCUCGUGGUCCGGGAGGAAGUCGCCAAAAUACUCGGCAUCGAGGUGGUGCGAGAGAAAGGCUUCCACCUGGACGUGGAGGACUACCUGGCAGGUGUGCUCAUCAUGGCCAGUGAGCUGUCGCGGUUGGCGGUGAACAGCGUGACGGCGGGCGACUACACCCGGCCGCUCCGCAUCUCCAACUUCAUCAACGAGCUGGACUCGGGCUUCCGGCUGCUCAACCUGAAGAACGACCCGCUGAGGAAGCGGUACGACGGCCUCAAGUACGACGUGAAGAAGAUCGAGGAGGUGGUGUAUGACCUGUCCAUCCGCGGGCUUGCCAAGGAGGCCGAGGCCGGCGGGGAGAAGUAGCGCGGAGCCGGGGAUCGAACCCGCGGCUCCGGCAGCCGAGUGAAUGAAUGAAUGAAUGACGGUCUGUUCAAGAUCCACGGUUCAGUUUGUUGCUGUUUGUUUUUUAUAAGCUUCAUGUGUUUUUGUUUACUGAGCUGGUUCUUAUUGGAUCUCAUGAUAUUGAUGUUAAAUCAUAACUCUGUGUUUUCACAGAUUCCUUUUGUUUAUUUGCCCAAAAAAAGAAAGAAAACAUGUUUGUUCUCCGGCUGAGUCGACGUCGGCUGGGUUUUCUUUGGACUCAAAGAGAAACUCAGGAGCCUCAUUAUGAAGGAAAUAUUCCACCAACAAUCCAAUAAAUACCUUUUCCAGCAUUCUAA